AUGAACUUCCAGGCCCCACGCACAUGCCCGGAAUUGGCAAGGCAGAGGCUGCUGAGGGAUAAGGGCUUGGUCAUCUCUGCUCUUCAGGACCUGCCCAAGAAGCUCUUCCCACCUUUGUUUAUGGAAGCCUUCAUUGGCAGACACAUGAGGGUUCUGAGGGAGAUGGUGUCAGCAUACAUAAAGGAGUUGGAACUGAAUUCAGGGUGGAUUCUCUCUACCUUGGCAUGGUUUUCACCACCCCUGGGCCAGAUGAGGAAUCUUUACAAACUCUUCCUAGGAUGAAUCUACAAGGAUAGCUUUAAGGUUGAAAAUACUUUGACAGACUUAGGGAAGUGUGUCACUAAGUUCAUUUCUCAGUUCUCUAAAUCUAAUCUCCAGCAUCUUUACUUGAAUAGUAUAUACUUCCUCAGUCAUGACAUUAAACGGUUGUUCAGGUGCCUGAAACCCCCUUGGAAAUGCUCUCCACCACUUGCUCAAGCCUUCUUUCAUCGCUGCUCCCAGCUCACCACAGUCAGUUUUUAUGACAAUGAUAUCUCCAUUGCUUCCCUGAAGGGCCUUUUCCAACACAAAGCUAAUCUAAGCCACAUGACCCUGGAGCUGUACCCUGGCCCUCUGGAGUCUUAUGAUGACGUGGAUGAUAUCCUCCCAUAG